AUUGGCUCGUGCCUUUUACAGAACCUGCGGUUCCUACUAACCGAUGAAUCUUUCUUAAAAGUUCGAGUUAUCAAUUUAUAUUCUGACAGAUGCGCCGGCCAAAAUCAUAAUUUUACGAUCUGCAUGAUGACAGCAUACUUUGUAGAGGAAUGCAUACGAGCUAACCGUGAGAUGACGAUUCGGCAUACUUUUAUGGUUAGUGGCCAUAGCCACAUGGAAGUGGAUUCGGUACACGCCGCAAUCGAACGAGCCAAGAAACUAAGUACCAUGGAUAUUGAGACCCCAAAAUAUUGGGCUGUCUUUAUAUCGCAGAUCAGGAGAAAAAUCGCGUUUGAUGUUAAGGAAUUGGAACAAUGCGAUUUUCUCGCCUUGAAAUUACUUGAAGAACGAUACAUGCGACCGAAGUAUAAUUCAUCUGGACAGCCAAUCAAAUUCCAAAAAAUCAUGCAAUUCGAGUACCGCACCUCUUAUUCCGGCGUUAUUUUCUACAAAAUGGAUCAUGAUCAAAAAAAUUUUUCAAGUUUCUCUUUGGGUGAGGAGAAAUUGUUUGGUAACAAACAGUUGCCUCUCCCUGUGCUAGUCCCAAUAGAAAACGAACCAAUUCCACUACCUCAAGAGAAGUUAGAGGACCUCAAGAAGUUAAUUCCUUUCAUCAACAACAAGCAGUAUUAUGGAACAAUGCUUAAACAUCUUGUGGUUCCAAAACGAGGCAGGAAAAGAAAACAUAACGGGCAAGACCACUUCGAUGCUGAUUUUGAUGCAGAGGAAGACUGGCCUGUGGAGUAUCUGGAAAUGGAAACAGUUAUUGAUGAAUGUCCAACAUAGUUAGGUAUCAUUCCAUGAUUUUCUUACAUUUUAUUUCUUGUUACAUGUUAUGGAAAAUUCACAGAGAAAUGUAAACAAAACA